CGCAUCUGUUGGGUUUGGGUUGGGAGAGCUAGGUUUGGUCGUGUGAGACGACUUUGUUGUGUGGAUAAGAACAACCUCUUUUCUCUCUCUCAUACACACUCUGUCUUGUUUGUUUUUUUUUUUUCUCUCUCAAACAUCUUCUAUUCUACCGCCUCCAAAUUCUACAAGAACCCAUUCCCUCUCACACCGCCUCAAAAUCUCCCUCACCUUCCAUUCUCUCUCUUCUUUUCUUCAGAACAACACACUCUCUCCCACUUCCUCAAAUUCAUCACACCACACUUCUCUUCUUCAACACACUACCUUCAAGCUGGCGUUCCAAAACCAAGCCACCACUGUCCGAGAAAUCAAGCCCAAGAACCGCAGAAUCAUGGGUUCUGGAGGCCCCGAUGACGAGGACAACCGGUGGCCGCCGUGGCUGAAGCCUCUGCUGAAAGAGAGCUUCUUCGUUCAAUGCAAGCUUCACGCUGAUUCGCACAAGAGCGAGUGCAACAUGUACUGUUUGGAUUGUAUGAACGGCGCACUCUGCUCCCUCUGCCUCGCUUACCACAAAGACCACCGUGCUAUUCAGAUAAGAAGGUCCUCGUACCAUGAUGUGAUUAGGGUGAACGAGAUUCAGAAGGUGUUGGACAUUACAGGGGUCCAAACCUACAUUAUCAACAGCGCAAGGGUUGUUUUCUUGAACGAGAGGCCUCAGCCAAGGCCUGGUAAAGGAGUCACCAACACUUGUGAAGUCUGUGAGCGUAGCCUUCUUGAUUCAUACCGUUUCUGUUCUCUUGGUUGCAAGAUUGUGGGGACUUCAAGGAACUUCGAGAAGAAGAAAAAGUCAGCAACAAUGGCAUCAGAUUCAGAGGAUUCAUACAGCAGCAACAGCAGCCAUGGAAAGCACAACAGCAACAAGGUGCAGAGUUUCACACCGUCCACGCCACCACCGACUUCGGUUAAUUACAGAACGGCCAAGAGAAGAAAGGGAAUACCACACCGUGCCCCCAUGGGAGGACUAGUGAUAGAAUACUAGACAGAUAGUAACUUUAGGAGGUUAUUGCUAAAAUGUCCCUCAUAUUUACCUCAAAAUGCAACUUUCUCCCUGCAGCUUCACCCUGUUCCAUCACUCGAGCUUUUUGCUGAAAAAGGCCGGUGCUGGAAAUGUUCCCUUCUCUGUUCCUCACUUGUUAAUAGCGUUUGUCCAUAUAGGAAAAAUCCAAUAGGAAGUGGAAAAUGUCGAGAAAGUAGAAAAUAAGACAUCUGUUAAAUAGUUUGAGAAAAAAAAAUGUAGCAAAAUAAGCAAGUUCCUUUCAACCAAA